UAAGGGUCAAAGGUAACUUCUUAAAACCCGACGUUAUCCAAUCAGCGUUGAGAUGUGACUUCCAUUGACCAAUUGAAAGAAGGGCAUUUAAAGGCGGCCGUUUUGAGCACUCAUAGCACACAUAUUGAUCGAUGAUUCAAACAAUGUUCAGAGUGCGGACUUGCACACACUAACGUCUGAAUCUCUGAUUUCGGUGAACAUUUCGUGCAGAAAGUUAACUGAGAAUUCAAACAAAAUAUCCAUUCGUAGCGCCGUGAGUUUGUCUACAGGUUCCACGAAAACAACCGAACAUGUCGGCUCGACCAAGGGAAGAUUUGAGGGUGAAAGAUGCAUGCAUUCCCGAUUUCGUCGUCGACCCGCGGUCUGGGAAAAAAUACAAGAAAGGCCGAUUCCUUGGGAAGGGAGGAUUUGCCAAAUGCUAUGAGCUGAUAGAUGUUGCUACCAACACCACCUAUGCAGGCAAAAUUGUGUCCAAGAACUUGCUGGUUAAACCCCACCAGAAGGAAAAGAUGUCGAUGGAGAUCGCUAUACAUCGCAGCGUCAGCCACAAGCACAUUGUGGGCUUUCACGGAUUCUUUGAGGAUACUGAUAAUGUUUACAUUCUUCUGGAACUUUGCCGAAGAAGAUCUUUGAUGGAGUUGCACAAACGUCGCCGGGCCAUAACAGAGCCUGAGACGCGCUAUUUUAUGCGUCAUGCCGUCUUGGCAAUGCAGUACCUUCACAAGAAUCAGAUCAUCCAUCGUGACCUGAAACUGGGCAAUCUCUUCCUCGAUGACGAAAUGGAUUUAAAGCUUGGAGAUUUCGGCCUGGCAACAAGAAUUGAGAAAGAGGGGGAGAGAAAGAGGACUUUGUGCGGGACGCCCAACUACAUCGCUCCGGAGGUCCUGGCUAAGAAAGGACACAGCUACGAGGUGGACAUAUGGUCCCUGGGAUGUAUCAUGUUCACACUUCUGGUUGGCAAGCCGCCAUUCGAAACAUCUUGUCUGAAGGACACAUACCUCCGCAUCAAGAGGAACGAGUACAGCAUCCCAUCGUCGUGCAAGGUGUCCCCCGCUGCCCGCUCGCUUAUCUCUCGCCUCCUGAAGAACAAUCCCCACGAGAGGCCCAGCGUCGAUUCCCUCCUCGAGGACACCUUCUUCACCAGCGAUUACCUUCCUCCAAAGCUGCCGACUACGUGCCUGACGGUUACACCUCGGUUUGCGCCAUUGGUGACUCGGAAGCCACUUAAGGAGAUCAACGCAAAGGACGAAAAUGCGUCCCCGACGAAGGCAGGCAUGGACUUGCUCCACAAGGGCACCCUGCCUAAGCCAUUCCAAGGACAGAGUGAGAAUCAAGCGAGCGGCAGGGAUCAAGCUGUGUCUAUCCCAACAGCAAGAGUACAGUCUGCAAAGACCGAAGAAGAAUGCAGUUACUUGACGGACCUCCUGAGUCAACUGGUAUCAGUCGUCCACUGCAAACCAGCGGAGGUAGUCGACAUGAGAAUGGAUGACGCCGAGGACCCAGCAGCGGCCCCCGUCCUGUGGAUCAGCAAGUGGGUGGAUUACUCCGACAAAUACGGCCUUGGCUACCAGCUCAGCGACGGCAGCUUUGGCGUCCUCUUCAACGAUUCCACCAAGCUCUUGCUGCAGUCCAAUGGAGAAGAUAUGGAGUACAUCGAGCGAGAUGGAACCGAGAAAUUCUUCAGCAUUGACAGCUUCUCAGAAAGCAUGCGCAAGAAGGUCACCCUCCUCAAGUACUUCCGAAACUACAUGAGCGAGCAUCUACUCAAGACAGGGGCCGCAGUGAAGCUGGAAUCUGACAACCUUGCCCGACUGCCGUUUCUCAGGACUUGGUUUAGGACCCGCAGUGCAAUCGUCUUGCAUCUCAACAACGGAACUCUACAGAUUAACUUCUUCCAAGACCACACCAAGAUCAUCCUGUGUCCACUGAUGGCUGCCGUCACGUACAUCGAUGAGACGCGUCAGUUCCGCACCUACCGCUUGAGCCUGAUUGAGAAGUGCGGCUGCUGUAGGGAGCUGGCCAGCAGGCUGCAGUAUGCUCGCAUCAUGACCGAGAGACUGCUUGCACCAAAGACGCACAGCGCAAAACCCCACAAGGAAACGACGUCAGCAGUGAACACCAAGGAAGGUGCCUUGCAGACCAUCAGAUAGUCAAGUCACAAUGGACGUGGCUGUGUCAAAAUUACCUGGCUACAACUCACAAAAACACACACUCCUAUAAGUAGCCCUUAUCUAGCGGCUGCAGUCAUUUCCUAUAGACUUGUGUGUCACAGUCAGCCAUAGCCAAGUAAUCUGGAUGUGGCCCACAAUACACUGUACAAGCAAGCUUCUGCUGGCUGUUAAUGUUUGUCAGGUUAAGACUGUCCAUGCGCCAAACUCUCUCGUACCCUUUACUAUUCAGUAAUUGAUUUGUUGUUCCUUUCUUAAGGAAUAAACAUUUGAGCAAGAGUUUCUCCCAUAUGUUAGAGAGACACAUAAGAAGUCUGUCGACCUUUGUACUAUGUAGCAUAAGUGACAGCUGUAGCAUGCGACAUUCAUUUCUUCGAGGUAAACGGAACUUUUUCACAAUGGCAGCUACGCUGCACAUGUAUAAAAACAAUAUAGAAAAAAAAUGGUUUGGGUGAGAAAAGGAGGUGGUGUGCUUGAAAGACAGCCCCAUAAAAGGAGUGUUUGACUUCGGUAAUCAAACUAGUGAGAAAUUAUGAAUAAGUUGAUUUUGUCAACGAAAAACGUUUGUUUUGUGACUUCUGUCAAUUCCAGUAACCAUGGGAUUUCAUUACUUCCCAUCGAAAAACUGAAAUUGAGUUCAUUAUAAGUUCUGCAAUUUUCUCGGUUGCUUUCAAAUCAAGUUCUAGAAUUCAGCUCUACUGCAUCCACAUUCUUCAAAGAUUCCCGCAAGCCAAAUAAGUCGGAAAAUGAAUUUUUCUCAAUCAUCCCGGAAUCCUGUUUUGAAUUCAGGAUUGUGUGGGUUGAUUUUUUUUUCUCUCAAAAUUGAAAGCAUUGCUUGGAAAUAGAAAGCAUUGUUUGGAAAUUAAGCGUUUUGCUGAUAUUAAGAAAUUUUCAGUAUGUAGAAAAAACCAAACAAUUUGAAAGUCAUAUAUUGUAUAUAGAUGUUGACCUAUAUAUCCUAAAUGUAUAAAACUAUGCUUACUGAUGAUUAUAUAAAUAUGGAAUGAGUAUCUCGUCAGUGAACAAUGCAUAAGAUAAUUACACGUAUUCAGAUGUUACUUUGGGGCAAUUGUUACGCCACAUCCACUGUGGAAGAUGCUGUCGCCUGGCGCACUGUGAGUGUGAAAUUUGCGUAUAUUUUUGGUGACAAGGACAUUUCUGAAGAUUUUAUUUCUAGUACGAGAAGUAAAGAAGCGACCAGAUCCUAUAGAAUAAGAUUAACAAACUCCAUAUUUAGUCCUUAAGUGUUUUUGAUUUGCUACUCUAUCAAACAAACUGUGAACUAGUCACACAUUCUUGUUUGAGGUAACGUGGGGUACACCUAUGACACCUGCAUUGUUGGGGAGUGUUAUAAAAAAUAUUGACAUGGGAACAAAACUAGAUUUAUAAGAUUGAUACAUAAGAAAUUCCCUGCUCUUGUGAUUAGCUCAAAAGUGAAUUUCUUAAUUUUGAAUUUUAGCACUUGCAUCCUAUGUACAUGUAUGUAAUAGCUCUUCAGUUGUAAAUACCGUUUCACGGGUCAAACUAUCCAUCAUUCAUAUCGUUGGUUGCAGCAUAAAGCGACGUACCGUCCACAGACUUUGUACAUGCAAUACGACAGUUUGUGGCGGAGCAGCUAUACACAGUUCGUGAUGCAACUAACAUGAAGUUCCCAAAUGCUGGUAACAAACUUGUUGAAAUUAUAGAGAACAACUCGGAGGCAACAAUACCAGCUACAUAUAACUGGAUUCUGGUCUGUGGAGAAACUGAAGGGCCAAACUGAUGAGCCAAAUUAAGUGGAUUUGAUCGAUUUAUAGGCCUUUUUGUACGUAAUCAUUUAUUGCAAGACAGAAAAUUACUGAGGGACGGUCGGUGCCAAUCAACAGGUUUCUGUACGGACCGACUGUCUUCAGUGUGUCAUUUUGUUCUAGGGAAGGACUGUACCAACACAGCACGCAUACAUGUAACUACUGAAAAUUUUGAGGACUGAGGAUUGGCAUGUAUAUUUGUAGUGUAUUAAAAAGCUUUGCAAUUGGCAAAAAACAAUUUGAAGAUCAA